AUGGAACUGAUCUCUUGCGACCGUCUAGGUACAGUCGUGUUGCUAUUGAACGCGGAUAGAGUGGUCGUCAUCAAGAUUAGACAGUUUGACAGCAGGUUCGUCAUGUACGUCGAGAGGCACUUUAGUCUAGCGCCUCAGGUUGAUGAUGAAGAUGAUGAUGAGGAUGAUGAUGAUGAGGAGAAUGGUAACAAGAACAAAGUGGAAGAAGAAGAAGAAGACAAGAAACAUAAGAUACCUGAUGAGUUGGUGAUCAAGUCCAUCGACAAAUGGAUAUUCAUCAUGCGAAGAAAUGUAACAACAGGCGUCGUACACGUCGAUGUUUGGAGCAUCAACGGACGACAGCGCGGCAGCAUCAACAUCUGGGACUAUCUACAAAAGCACAAUGCUGCCACCAACGAAGCCAUUAUGAGGGACUUCUCAGUGUCGUCGGACAAGGAGACAAUGACACUUAGGGACGAUAAACAAAGAAUCUAUGUCAUUGCAUUGGAUACAUACUUCCAGAGGACGCCGCAGACUCACUUUGACACUGAUGUGGUCUUGUUCAAUAAGGAGAGUUGGCUCGAGCAGGAGGACCGCGCUCACAAGGGCGACGACAAUGACGAAGACAAUGACGAAGAAAACGAAGAUGACGAAGAAGAAGACGACGAAGAAUCGAUUGACAAAUGA